GCAACAACCAAUGAUUAUGUUUGUUUACUUACCCGCUUACUACUGCAGCUUUGGAAGCCAUUUUUACACAUUUUAGCACUUUGUACCAACAAAAAAUCAAACAAAAAAAAAAAAAAAGAGUGUUUCUCUAGCGACGGAUGAACUUCUAAUAAAUGAAAUUCAGAAAUACCCGUAUUUAUAUAAUCUGAACGAUAAACGCCACAAAAAUUCCCUGAUGAGGAGGAAUGCGUGGAUCAGCAUAGCUGAAGCCAUUGGAUCUACAGCUGACAGAUGCCAGGAGCGAUACAAAUCGCUCCGAGAUCGCUUCAGGAAAGAAAAACGUUUGCUUAAGCAGACGAGUGGCAGUGGUGCAAAAAGGAAAAGAGAAUGGCCACUGUUUCAAUCAAUGACAUUUCUUGAGCCGUUUUUAAUUGAUAAAGAUACAUGGUCUAAUUUGAGCAUCCAAAGCAGGAAUUCAUCAUGCUCCAAUGAAGCAACAUGCUCCAAUGAAGCAUCAUGCUCCACGGAUUUUGAGCAGCUGGAUGUGCAAGAGUCAGUGGAUUUUGAAGAUUUUGGACUAGAAACAGCUUCUGAGUCUACCUUACAUAAAAAUUCUUCUGGGAAAAAAAUGAUAUGAUCGACAAAGCCAUUGCUUCUGUCCUUGAGACACAAGAGCACAACAACAUAGAUCAUUUAAUGUUGUUUAUAUCGAAAACAGUAAAGUCUUUUCCUCCAGAAAAGCAAAGGAAGGCUUGUAGAGGCCUUGCAAAUUUUUAUUUUUGAUUUAAUGGAUGAUGAAUAAACCCUAAAUACAUCCUUUAUUAUUGUGUUAUUAGUCAAGUGUGUUAAUAAGUUUAAUUUGUCUAACAAGAAAUUAAACAUUUCAUUCAAGACUUGUACACUACUUACAUUUCCUAAGCAAAACUAAUUCCUUAAAUUUCUUAGGAACAUGUAAUCUUAAAUUCAGUUAAUACAAAGUUUAUUUGGGAAACGUAUAUUCACAUUAUAUUAAUUAUAUAAAUCUUAUCACCUAUGAUUGUAAAAACAACAGUGAAUAUUUUUUUAAUAAGUAAUACUAGGAAGGUACAUGCACUUGAGUUCACUUUUGUAAUUUAGACAAUUAGUGUGACGUGAAAUGUACAUAUUAUUAAGG